CACCGAUUGCUUAGUUCUCUAUCAAAUCCCCCGGUAGGCCUUCUAUCAGAAGCUUCAGACCUCCAAUAUACCACAAAAUGCGACCACUACGUCCUGAAGAAGAACAGUGGAUUUUUUCCAAGCACGCUCUCGAGAAUACCCCUUCAAGAUCGCAUGGCGUCUCUCUGGAAGAGGAAUUGGAACGUCGUAAAUCAACAAUCAUGCAAAUGCGAAGUCUUCUCGCGCGAGUCGUCUAUGUACGAGACCAUCCUGAUCCCAAAGCGAAACUUACUUCUACACCUUACCGGAAUGUAAUUCUCCUCGCCGCAACGUUCGUCCAUCGCUUCUACAUGCGCCGGUCUCUAGAAGACUUCAAGGAAAGCCUGAUGGCGGCCACACUACUAUGGAUGGCUUCCAAGUUAGAAGAGAACCAGUUGAAAGUCAGACACCUUGUUAAUGUGUGUCUGGACAAGUAUGAGCAGUCAAAGCCUUCCCAUUGGAGGAUACAAUGGAGACCUAUGGAGAACGGUCAAGAUCCUUCUGACGGAUACAGGUUUUGGGAAAAACGGAUAGUCGUUGGCGAGCAACUAGCAUUGGAGGCUCUGUGUUUUGACUUGUUUGUCGAGCACCCUUGGGUCAUUAUUCGACGCGCUAUCGAUGGACUGGAUGCGCGGAUAGCAAAAUUGGAAGAGGCGGAGGAAAAGGAACUCGGAAACAAAGGAGGAGCGAACGGGGCGAAUGGGAAGAGACGAGGACCGAAAAUCACUGAAGAGUUGAUCAUGUCCCUGGCCUGGCCUAUCAGUUCAGAAGCGUCACUAUCGCCUUUGUCCAUUCUAUAUCCAUCUCCUAUAAUCGCCUUUACGUUUUUGGCAAUCAUUAUAUCCCUCAUCGAACAAACUCCGCUAUCUCGAGGCAUUUCUGCAGCAUCAGAGAUUGUUGACAGGUUUGAGCUCGAUAUACGGUUCACAAUGGAUGGGCCUGAAGGAGAGGAUUUGAAGACUGUUAAAGAUUGCCUUGAAUCAUUUACAGAAUAUGUCAAGAUGGGAUUGAUAGAUCGAAAUCUUGUUCGAUACCUCACUCCGGAGCCUAGGAGCAUAGACGAGAUCAAACCUUUUAAAAGGAGUUUCACCCUCGCUACUUCUAACGAAUCUUCGAAUACUUCUGCCGAAGUUGUUGAGACUUCUGACACCCGAUCCUCGGCUCAAGAGGAAGAAUCCCAAGUAAAAACGGAAAACUCAUCGAAAUUAACCCCAGGGGAAUCACAAUAGCCUCGAUCAAUGAUCAUAUAAUAGCAUAGUAAUACAACACAUACAAUUACCGCCAGUACUGGGUAGGUGAUACCUCUAAACACCCAUAGCGGCCAACCAUCUCCUCGCACCAUCGGCGCUUCCUCCUCUAUUUCCACCUCUUCCUCCGGGAGCUGCCAAGACGGACGGUAUGAGUGGAUUGGAAGAGGCAGAAGAUUCUUUACGGUUCUUGGUGGCAGCACGCACUGCAGGAAAAUUUGGUCAGUUUCAGUCAAGAGUGUAUAAGGGUCGAAAAGGGCGAACCGCAGGCGGAUAUUUCAUUGAUAUUUGUCUCGAGCACGAGUCCACCUUGUAUUAUUUCGGAUAGGACAUGAUAUACCUAUAAAGCAU